GUUAUUUUCGAUUAGUGACCUGCUUACGAUAUAGAGCAUAUGGUGCUUUGCUCGAGGAAAUGGCCACGUGCUGGCAGCAGUUAGAGGGGAAAGUGAUACUCUUAUCACAAAGGAUUACUACUUAGAUCGGAGCAAUUAUAAAUCCCGUCCUAUAUACGUGGCACUGACAAGUGUUUAAAGGCUGGAUGGAAUCCCGUGUAAAUUCCAGACGAGUGGUUCGGCCAGAUCGGCCGUUGGUCCGUGGUUACACACUCGACUCCAUCAGGAUAAACCACAAUAACAUUGGAACAAGAAAGUCUGGUCGUCGUCCAAGUCUGAGCAGUCUGACCAGUGGAUCGGAGGAGAGCGACUGUGAACCUUCCCCACCCUCCUCAAGGCUCGGGCGGAGGACGGCCAUUGUGGAUACUAAGAACUGCGGCGAUGUAUCCCCAACUAACAUGUCUCCCGCGGUCUCACCGUCCAACUCUAGCGACGAGUCGGAAAACGAAGGUCCAUCUCGGUGGUUAAUUAGAAGUCGAAGACGAAGCUCUGAGGACGUCUCCAGGAGUAUAACCCCAGUCGCCUGCAUGCCUCAAAUCCACCCCAAGAAAAUGCUCAUUAAACGGAACACCGUGGCUGACUUUGCCUGCAGUCGGCCGGGGUCAAACACAGAUGAAAAGAAAACGAGACAGGCAUUUUCUUUCCGGAAAUUGCGUCGAUCAAGAAGUAAAGACUCCAUUGUCCAACUGGGUGAUGUACUCAGCCAAAUGAAAACAUCCGUUUUCAAAGACAACCAUCUGGCAGCCUUCAAGGAUUUACAUUGGUCCGAUCUCAUGAACAGUUGGGAUAAGGAAAAGAAAGCCGAAAUGUCACCCGGUGAAUUAAAGAGACGAGAGGCCGUAUGGGAACUUUUUAAAAGUGAAUGCGUCUUCUUAAUCGAUCACCUGAUGGUUCUCAAACACUGUUUCCUGGAGCCACUUAAAAACGUGCAGGUUGAGGGAUUUCUGAUGUAUGCUGAACCUGAGGCACUGUUUGGAAACCUUGACGAACUGUGCUAUGUGAGUUACACAUUUUCAAAAGAAUUCAUCGCCGCCCUUGUGAAGCACACGAGUGACACAGACUUCGGUUCCACGAAAAUAUUAAUCAAGGCUUUUCAAAAGUUUUCAUCCCUAUCACGAGAUGCUGGUGUCUACCAUACCUACUGUCUGAAUUAUAUGAAUGCUCUAAACUAUCUUGAACAGCUAAGACGGAAAGAUGAUUUCUGCGAGUUUGAAAAGUUUUGUGAACAAGACAUGAGAUGUCACAGGCUACAGUUAACAGACCUUCUGGUGGCACCUAUGCAGCAUUGUACCAAAUUACCAUUACUUCUCAGUAACAUCAGAAAGUACACGGAGGACAUAGACGAGAGGACGCAACUCACCGAAUCUAUUCAAACGGUGGAAAACUCCUUGAAACAACUCGAAGACAAAAUGAAAUGGGUAAAAAACUAUGAAAGAGUACAAGAAAUUCAGCAGAUGCUUGUAUGGCCGCCAAUUACAGAACUGGACUCCAAAGCUUAUAUUCCAGAGUUUCUCAAAUCGACUUUGAUCAAACAACCAUGUGAAAGACUUCUGGCGAAUCCCAAACGACAGCUUCUCCACGAAGGUCCACUAUCAAUGAUUGAAUCAGGGAAAGGGAUAGAUGUCCAUCUCAUGCUGUUUGAUGACAUCCUCCUCUUGGCAAAAAUAAAAAAGCAACCUAAAAAGUCAGAACACUCAAUGUUGGUGGUUCACAGACAGCCUAUUCCACUCGACAGAUUCCGCGUUCAUGAAAUAGGUAGUCUGGAAGCAGUAGUUCAUGGACUGAAGCUCGGGUUUGUUCUGGUUCACUCUAGCCGAUACCAGCAAAUAAUAGGAGUUUACACAUUACAGACCAGUAACGAUUCAGAGAAGAACACGUGGCUCAGUCAACUGAAAGACGCUCAAGCAGACUAUGAGAAAACCCAUAAGGAAGAGAUCAACAGCAAACCUCUCGUGUCAUUCCAGUCCCAGGAUUCAACGAAUGCAAUUCUGGUGGAGGAGGUUCCAAAGCCCACUGGCCCCGCAAACUCACCAACUGAGGUGUCCGCCGCCCACCGCUCACGAAUGAAGGCCCUCAGGCUGACCAGAGGGAAAUCCCGCUCCAUGGACGCCGGAGAACUCAUGCUCUGCGAUAAGUUAUAGCCACACGUCCAAACCGAGUAAAUAUCAACCAGGUUUUUCUUUCCUCAAAAUGCGAAGGCGGUGUCUACCAAGGGAAGCUUACACGCAGAUGAGCUUGCUAUUAUUCCGGCCGAUAUGGACUACAGAGUUGGUGCAUGGACCAUGAACCCGGGUCAUAAUGUUUGACGAUUCCCCUCACCUGACGUGGAAAUAUGAGCAUUGGUUACAUUGCAUAUUCCUGCAAUGGGCACACGUAUGCCGUGAUUCCCCGCCUCUCCACAAUUGAUGUUAUACCUCAAUACUCACUCGAGUGCCUUGGAGGUGUGUCAAAACAUAUCUGGCUAACUCUUCUACAGACGUGCUGUUCAUUGUGUCCUAAAUGUGUAUAUAACAUUUAUAUCAAAUGUCUAUCAAUGUGACGAAUUUCAUGUGAAAAAAGAACAAAUACUCUGAUUGUACACUUUUCUUUUGUUUACAAAGAUUUGAUGUUUAUAGAAUUUUCAUUUGUUAAAUCGUAUAACUUUAAAAUCCAGAAAUACUUCAAUUUAAAUAAACGUAUUGUUUAUGUUGGAAUGUUACAGAGGCGAUAUUCUUCACAAUAAUUAACAUCCAUAUUGUUUUAUUUGUGUUAUCUAACGCCUUGAGAUUGGCUGGACUCUUAACACUUUACACUCGUUUUCUGGAACUUUUUAUUUAUUUCAGGAGAGCAAAAUAUCAUAACAUCUCCAAGACAGAUACACACACAAUCAAACGAGCUACACAUAAGGGCGUGUAAUUUACCAAGUCAUGACGGUACCAUCUUAUUCAGGAAAUAUAUCCAGGAUUUUACCUGUAAUACCUUAACCAAAGUGUAGAUCCUGAGAAUGAUUUCUAUGCAGAACAGGGAAUAAUACUGUCAUUUAAUCGACAGAGAAAGUCACAACAUCUGAAACUCUGUUAAGGUCCUUGCCAGAUGAUCUAAGCAGCGGUCAUGGAGGUCAAGGUAAUCUCCUAUACCAUAAUCUAUCGUCUCAUCAUCUGCCAUCUUUAGGUGGUAUGUACUUAUACCAUGGGCAUGGCCGGACAUUGCACUUCAUAUUAUCCAUGUCGCCGCUCAACACUUAAGUGCUCUCACAGUGGUGUACUUGAUACUAAUAGCUGACCAAUCUGUGAAUAACACCACACUCGAUGAGCAGGAGGCAUAGCUCUACAUUGGAGCAUUAGAGUACUUAUGCACAACGGCAAGUAACCUUGCGUCUAGUAACAUACACACAGAAUGACCGCUUGUAUAAAGUUUAGCAGUAGUCUGUAUCCAAACUGAGAUGUUUCUCGGUUCUGUGCCUGCAGGUGUUAUCGUAAUUCUGUGUUUUACAUCUUCUCAUCGGUCGGAAAUGUUUUUUCUGGCAGCUGAAGCCUGUCUCGACCAAUCCGUUGAUUCUGACGUCUGGUGGGCCUUCCUUCUCGAUGAUUUCAGUUGCUCCCAUAUGCCGGUCCUUAGCAUCUCUCAAACAUGUCAGCCAUUUUGUCUACAAAAGCCAAAACACGGUUAAAUAAAUUUCGAUCACAGCAUACAAAAGUGGAAUUUUCAUAAUAGUAAUACAAAAAUAUUAUCAAUUCAAACAAAAGGAAGUGAAGAGGAGCGUGCUGGACUCAAUCCGAGACAGGGACGGGGAAUUCUAGAUUCACGCACUUGAUUCUUCGUACCACGUAUGUCACAAUAAACGGUCGAUUGCGUUUGUGCGGCAUUUUGCCUUUCUUUCACUCAUAAAAUGGCCGUCAUCGGAAAAAAAUUAUUCGGAAUGACGUUAAACAAUAAUCAGUAUCACAUAAAUCUGACAGUAACCUCAGCAAAGAUUGAUAUGUUAUAAAACUGCGAAAAAGGUGGUGUUUUUGUAAGGUAAUGUACAAAUUUUGUUAAAAUCUUCAUCUGUUCAGCUUUCUUUUUAUAUGCCCAACCUAUCGGAUGAUCAAAUAAUACAGCUGUGAUUCCGUCUCUUCCC